CACCAGACAACUUCAUUGCAGUUCUCCCACCUCUGUUUUUCCCUCUAACGCUAAUAAUAAGUCAACAAUUGAUCAGUUAGCUCUCUUCCCUAUAUCCAUUCAUUCUGCAUUAUGAAUUCGAAGUCGGAGUAUCGCACGAAUCCAAGCACUGCUUUGCAAGCCUCGGGCGGCCAGAAGCCGUUGAGAUCGGACGAUGACGAUGGCCGAUGAUGACGGCACGAAUGAUGACUCAACUCGUCCUCGAGGAGUGGGGUACAAUUACCCUCAAGAGUUCAGUACAAUACGUCCUCGUGGUGCUGCUGUCGGGGCUCCAACCACGACUUCCCAAGACUCGACUGCGGCAAGUGAACGACCCGUGUCAAGCUCCCCAUCAUUGCCCUGGCUUGAGAGAAUCUACGUGCGGAAUUCGUGGAAGGAAUUCGUUGUCGACUUCCUCGCCGACAACCUCCUGUCUCCAACGCCCAGCAAGGCCAAGAUGGCCCUCAGGGCGAGUGAAGUCCUUCAGUGGGAGUUCUACGCGUUAAUGCCGGAGGACCAAAUGCGCCACGCUCAACCGCAGUACCUCAUGUACCACCCGGACAAGGGCUCGUGGUCUGUGGAGGAUCACUACGUCCGGUUCAUCGUCACGGCCGUCCGCGACAACAUGCUCAACCGUUUGUGGAUCGAUGAUGACAUGCAAACCAGGGGCCUAGAAAUCGCCAGGGCCGGAUUCGACAUUCUUGUGUACCUGCGGACUACGAAGCUCGGCCCUCUCAAGCAUCAGUCGCAGGAGGGUCAUGAUGACGAUUGGUAAUUGAGGUACGCGAUCCGGGCUGUAUGGGGUUGUUGGCGGGGAGAAGCCAUGGCACGCACACGGUACGCCUAUGGGGCAUGAUCUGGGCUAGU